AAUAAUGCUAAUAAGCCGCGGGAUAUCUGUUAUUAUUGUCCGCUUCGUCGUCGUCUCGCCUUCCCCACUAAAAUCGGAAGGUCGUUCGACGAACUGGAGAAGAAAGAAAAGAAGGAAAAAAAAACUGAUCCAGCUCUGAGGGGGGAAAAUGAGCCACGAGCUACAGAUCAGUAAGUACGAGAAGGAAGAAAUCGGCAGAGCUCUCAUCCGGCCGCCGAAAAUGUACGGCAAAGUGAUCCUCUCCGUCGUCUUCCUCCUCCUCCUCGCCUUCUCCUACUCCAUAUUCAUCGGAUCCCUCGACUUCCGCCCUUACUUCUUCCCUCUCCUCCCGGAACAGAAACAACAGCGGUCCCAGUCUUGCGAUUACGAGCCGCUGAAGGUGUACAUGUACGACCUCCCGCGGAGGUUCCACGUCGGGAUGAUGGAUCCGGAGGGACCGCAGGGCGAGGAGCCGGUGACGGCGGAGAACAUCCCGCAGUGGCCGGAGAACGCCGGGGUGAGGAAGCAGCACAGCGUCGAGUACUGGCUGAUGGCUUCGCUCUUGUUCGAAGGGAGAGGGAGGGAGGCGGUGAGGGUUUUGGAUCCGGAGGUGGCGGACGCUUUCUACGUCCCGUUCUUCUCGUCGUUGAGCUUCAACACGCACGGCCACAACAUGACGGAUCCGGCAACGGAGGGUGAUCGGAAAUUGCAGGUUGAAAUAAUGGACAUGCUGCACAAAUCUAAAUACUGGCAGAGAUCUGCCGGAAGAGACCAUGUCAUUCCCAUGACACAUCCAAAUGCCUUCAGAUUUCUCCGUCAAGAGUUGAAUGCAUCAAUUCUCAUUGUUGUUGACUUCGGGCGCUACCCGAGAUCCCUCUCGACUCUUAGUAAAGAUAUCGUUGCUCCUUAUGUCCAUGUUGUUGAUAGUUACACAAAUGACACUGCUAAAGAUCCUUACGAGUCUCGCAAAACUCUUCUUUUCUUCCGUGGGAGCACAGUCAGAAAAGAUGAAGGCAAAGUGCGUGCUAAAUUGGAGAAGAUAUUGCUUGGUCAGGAGCAUAUUAGAUAUGAGCGAGGAAGGCCCACUACUCAUGCAAUACAGGCGUCAACAGAAGGGAUGCGGUCAUCCAAGUUUUGCUUGCAUCCGGCAGGCGACACACCAUCAUCUUGCCGGCUAUUUGAUGCCAUUGUCAGCCACUGUGUACCCGUCGUUGUCAGCGACAAAAUCGAGCUUCCAUACGAGGAUGAAAUUGACUACACCAAGUUCUCUUUGUUCUUCUCCGACACAGAAGCUCUGCAGCCCGGUUUCUUGAUCAACAAGCUUAGUGAAUUCCCGAAGGAGAAGUGGUUAGAAAUGUGGAGGAACCUCAAGAACAUCUCUCAUCACUUUGAGUUCCAGUUCCCUCCGGCUAAAGGAGAUGCAGUGGACAUGCUUUGGAGACAGCUGAGGCGGAAGCUUCCAGGUGUCCAGCUGGCUACACAUAGAAGGCAUCGACUUAGAGUUCCUGAUUGGUGGCGACGACGAUGACGAUGAUGCAGAAUACUGUACUGUAAAUUCUUGUUCAUUAGCCAAACAUGUCACACAAUCAGUUGUUCGAGGCAGGUCGUUAACUCCUCAGCAUUGUCGCUCGCGGUGGGAAAGAGGAUGCUGCUUUCUCGUGACUUGGUGACAAUCUGGUGAAAUCAGGUUAAUGCAUGGCCUUCUUUCUGCUCAUUAGGAUUGGAAGUUCGUGUUUCGUGGUCGUGGAGCAUGAGAUGAUGAAGCGAACUGUACCACACAUCACAUCACAGAAUUGUAGUUUGUUGCUUUGAGAUCUACUGUAACUGUUUCUGCUAACCUUACGGAACUGUAGUUGCAGAAUACGCUGAUUUUAAGAACUCUCUUUUUACUUUGAAAGAUUCUACGCUUAGCCUGUUUCCCCAGCAGCCUAUCAGCAUUUAGUAGAGAUGAGAUUUAGGGCUCUGCUGAAAUUGGACCUUUUCAGUCGUGGGAACUGGCUUAGUAGGCCCGAAUUUCAGAUUCGGUGGGCCUUCUGCCUUAAGAACGGAAUCAAG